AUGUCUAUUAAAAUGUUCUUUUUUCUAUUGACACUAGUUCUUCUCCAGGUGGUUGGUGCUCCUUUUUCGGAAUCCAACCAAGUGCUCCAUGAGCUCAAUCACGCUUUUCAAACGGAGCUCAAUGUGUUCAUUGAUUUAGAGGACUUAAAUGUUCUCCAUAAACUAGACACUCCUAGGAUUUUAAUUUCAUCAAGUUCGAGAGAAGCUGGAGAUCUUCGAAUUUGUGGAAACUUUACAGAAAGAGCUAUAAUCGUGGUUCAAUUAAAGGAUUCUAAACUAGAUCCCAAGGUGGCUAAUAUCCUUCCACACUUGAUGCAUGACCUCCAUGAGCUGCACAUAGUAUUUAUAAGCGGAAAGGAACCUGAAUUCUUAAAGGACCUUUUUACCUACUGUUUUAAACAAGGUUUUAUAAAUGUACUUUUGAUACACCGCCAGAAUCUCCACAGUUAUCUACCAUAUCCUUCCAUUCAAACGAUUCAGCUGGCAAAUAUCUCUGAAUAUCUCAAAAGAGGAAGGAUAAUUCGCAAUUUUCAAGGACAUCCGGUUCGCACACUUCGCACAACUCUAGCCCCUCGGGAUUUUGAGUACUUCAACGACCAAGAUGAGUUGGUUCGUUCAGGAUAUUUGUUCAUGGCUGUCAAGGAGCUGACUUAUCGCUAUAAUGCCUCCCUCGAAAGUGUUCCCCUGCCCGAUUUACCGGAACUCGAGUCCUACGCAGCUGUAUAUAAAAUGCUAGUCACGAAAAAGGUGGAUAUUAUCUGCUACUUCAAGGACUUUCGGUGGAAUGUGGCCUACACUUCGCCACUUUCGAUCCUCAGCGAAUACUUUAUGGCUCCUCAUGCCCGACCGCUUUCCAGUUAUCUGUAUUAUUCGAGACCCUUUAGUUGGACCCUGUGGUUAAUAGUUAUAGCGACUAUUCUUUAUGGCACCCUCAUGUUAUAUCUGACUGCUAAUCGGAAUGAAUUUGGGGAAUGCCUGCUGCACAGCCUCAGCCACAUCCUGUACAACAGCCACCAAAGAAUCAGAACUUCCGGCUGGAGGGAUAUAGCCAUUCAUGUUAUUCUAACCUUCGGGGGCUUUGUACUCACCAAUAUUUACCUGGCCACGCUCUCCAGCAUCCUGACAUCCGGCUUGUACGAAGAGGAGUACAAGACGCUGGAGGAUCUGGCCCAUGCUCCGUAUCCCAAUCUGCACGACGAGUUCUACCGGAAGCAAGUGCAAAGGAAUGAGUUUAUACCCCUGGCUCUGCGGCGGAAUAGCAUUUCGUUAAAUGCCACCCUGCUGAAGGAAUAUCGCGAUGGCCUGAACAAGAACUACAUCUAUAUGCUGUACGAGGAUCGGCUGGAGCUCGUCCUCAUGCAGCAGUAUCUGCUGAAGACGCCGCGCUUUAAUAUGAUUCCCCAGGGAGUGGGCUAUGCCUUGGAGUCCUACUGUGUGUCCAACAGUCUGCCCUACUUAACGAUGACCAGUGAGUUCAUGCGGCGGCUGCAGGAGCACGGGAUCAACAGCAAAAUGAGGGCGGACACCUUCAGGGAGCUCAUCCAGCAGGGAAUCUACAGCCUGAUGCGGGAUGAUGAGCCGCCAGCCAAGGCAUUCGACCUGGACUACUACUUCUUCGCCUUCGUUUUGUGGGCCGUUGGAUUGGCUGUGUCGCUCUUGGUUUUUAUCGCAGAGGUUGCUAGAAGGCUUUGA